UCAGUCCAGAUGUCGUCCUCCUCUGCGACCUCCUCUGUCCUCCUAAAUACGGGGGUUCAGAUGCCCCUCCUGGGUUUGGGGACCUAUAAACUGCGUGAAUUUGAGGAUGUCUCCAGAGCUGUGGAUGCUGCCCUGGCUUCUGGGUACCGGGCUUUUGACAGCGCAGCUGUCUACCAGAAUGAAGUUGAAUUGGGCCGAGCCCUGAGGGAGCUGCUGCCAAAACAUGGCCUGACCAGAGAGGAUGUAUUCAUAACCAGUAAACUGAGCCCAAAAGAGCAGGGUGAGAAGGCCAUGCAGGGAGCUUUAAGCAGUCUGUCUCAGCUGGACCUUGGUUACAUUGACCUCUACCUGAUCCACUGGCCUGGCACAGAGGGACUGGAGGUGACUGACCAACGCAACCCAGUCAACAGAGCCCAGAGCUGGGUCACACUGGAGGAGCUGCAUGCACAGGGAAAGCUGAAGGCCAUCGGAGUGUCCAACUACACACCGGCACACAUGAGGGAGCUGAUGCAGAGCUGCAAGGUCCCUCCUGCAGUGCUACAGGUGGAGUUCCACCCACAAAUGUGCCAGGCAGAGUUGAGGAGUGUGUGUGAGGAGUUUGGAGUGUGUUUCCAAGCUUACUCGUCUUUGGGGAAAGGAAACCUGGUCACAGACCCUGUGAUCAUGGAGGUGGCAAAGAACUGUGAACGUACACCUGCACAGGUCUUGUUGCGUUGGGCGGUGCAGCAGGGUGUCUCGGUGAUCCCUAAGUCCUCACAUCCAGACAGAAUAAAAGACAACGCCAGGCUCUUUGACUUUACACUGAGCGACACAGACAUGAACAGACUGUCAGCUUUGGACUGUGGACACAAGUACUGCAGGGACUCCUCAGCGGUGGUCUGAUAAACCACCAGUGGGAUAC